AUGUGUCAUGACUCUCAUCCCUCAAAGAAGUCCGGUCCUGAGCCGCUGGCUAUCGUAGGAAUGGCCCUACGUCUCCCCGGAGGCGUCAACACGCCAGAAGAUUUCUGGAACUUCCUCCUCAACAAGCAAAAUGGUCACGGCCAGGUACCCGGAUCCCGGUACAACAUCGACGCCUUCCACCAUCCCUCGCGGACAGGAUCGGUGCGAACGAAGGAUGGAUAUUUUCUUCCCGAGGAUCCAGCCCAUUUCGACCACCAGUUCUUCUCGCUGACCCCGUUUGAAGCCUCUCGACUUGACCCUCAACAGCGUCUCCUACUCGAGGUCAUCUAUGAGUGCAUGGAGUCCGGUGGACAGGUGGGGUGGCGUGGCCGAGGGAGGAAGACCGGUUGCUUUGUCGGUGUAUUCGGCGAGGAUUGGUACGACCUGCAGUCCAAGGACACGCAGAGGAUAGACCGAUUGCAUGUUCUCGGAACGGGAAACUUCGCGCUCUCCAACCGCAUCUCCUAUGAAUUUGACCUUACAGGGCCGAGCAUGACAUUGGCGACGGGGUGUUCGUCAUCCAUGGUAGCGCUGCACGAAGCCUGCCAGGCGAUAUUAUCUGGAGAUUGCGAGUCGGCGAUUGUGGCUGGCACGAACCUCAUCCUGACUCCGACCAUGACCACCACGAUGUCAGACAAUCUGGUCCUAUCGCCCAGCGGCAUUUGCCGUACCUUCGACGCUGGAGCCGAUGGCUACGGUAGGGCCGAGGGAGUGAAUGCACUGUAUAUCAAGCGUCUUGCUGAUGCCACCCGCGAUGGAGACCCCAUCCGGGCGGUCAUCCGCGCCACAGCGACCAACUGCGAUGGACGGACCCCAGGCAUCACUACCCCCGGCUCAGUCACGCAGAUGGCGCUUGUCAAAGAAGCGUACAAGCGCGCACAAAUCUCGGAAAUAACAGAUACAGGAUUCUUUGAGUGCCAUGGCACGGGCACAGUCGCAGGAGAUACUGCGGAGACAUCGGUGGUUGGGGACCUAUUUCGCGAAGCUGGCGUCGUUAUCGGCUCGGUAAAACCCAAUAUGGGCCACUCAGAGGGUGCAUCGGGAAUUACGAGCAUAAUAAAGACUGCUCUGGCGCUAAAACAUCGCAUUAUCCCGCCGAACAUCUUCUUCAAUUCUCCCAAUCCGAAUAUACCGUUCGAGGAGUGCAGGCUAGUCGUACCAGUCGAUACGAUGCCAUGGCCAGCGCAUAAAGAACUCCGGGCCAGUGUCAAUUGCUUCGGUAUUGGGGGAGCCAAUGCGCAUGCCAUUCUCGAACCAGCUCGAACAUCGUGUCGAGAAGUUCAGGGUUUGAUUGCUCAGCAAGCUCAUGCAACUACAAAGAAGUUGCUGGUAUUGUCCGCAGCUAGUGCGCAAGCUCUCUCCGAACGCGCCAGAAGUUUGGAGCGGUUUUUGGCGAAUAAAAGCCUGGAUCUGAAUGAUGUUGCCUACACUCUUGGAGUGAGAAGAGAGCAUUUGAAGUAUCGCACCUUUGCGAUUGUCUCUUCCGACAUUGAGGUUAGCCUGCAAGAAAUUCCUCUAGAGGCUUCGCCGUCCCCCGAAGUCACUUUAGUCUUCACAGGCCAAGGUGCACAAUGGGCUGGAAUGGCUCGCGAGUUGCUCGAAAAUUGCAAAGACUUCAAAAAUGACGUUGAGCACAUGGAUGAAGUGUUGCGGUCUGCCAAGCCUCCUCCGUCAUGGUCGAUAGCAGACACCUUGUUAGUACCAGAGGCGCAUUCACAGAUUCAUGAUCCACGUCUCUCUCAGCCUAUUUGCACGGCGAUUCAGAUUGCGAUAGCCAACUUGCUCAAAAAUUGGGGGUUUAAGGUGUCGAGUGUGAUAGGACAUUCCAGCGGAGAGAUUGCGGCAGCCUACGCAGCCGGGGCCAUCUCGCUUCGCAGCGCGAUGAUGAUUGCCUAUCAUCGUGGAAGGUUGACCCAAUGUGUAAGCAAUGGUUCUAUGGCUGCAAUUGGCCUCGCGCGCAAUGAGGUUGAGCCUUGGAUGGCAGAGGGCGCUGUAAUAGCCUGCGAAAACAGUCCUCAAAGCAUAACGAUCUCAGGUGACACACAAGCAGUCAAUGCUACCAUUGACGCGGUUCGUACUGCAUACCCAGACGCAUUCUGCCGGAUGCUAAAAGUCAAUAAGGCCUAUCACUCUCCAAAGAUGCAGCCCAUGGCCGCGGAAUAUGAUGCGGCUAUUGGCCCGGAAGUUGAGACAGUCGCCCCACAUAUGCUACCGAUGUAUUCCACUGUGAUUGGUGAGAUGAUCCAGGACGCCGGUAGGCUCGGGAGUGACUACUGGAGCCGUAACCUGAUCUCGACUGUCGAGUUCAAUAAGGCGAUGAAGAACAUGCUUCGAACCAAGCCCGACCAUGAUCGGCUUUUCAUCGAGGUCGGGCCCCAUAGUGCGCUUCAGGGGCCGCUGCGUCAGAUAUUUGACUCGAUCAAAUCCAAGGGACAGAAUUGGUACAUCCCAACAUUGGCACGAGGUCACAGUGCGGAGGAUGCCCUCCUUCGCACAGCGGGACUGGCUUUUGGCCGAGGGGCUGAGAUUGACCUUUUGCGCAUCAACGGCCCAGGAGAGGUUGUUGAAUUUCUGCCACGGUACCCAUGGCAACAUGCAGAGCGGCACUGGAGCGAGAGUCGGCUGAGUGAGAGCUGGCGACUGCGGGAGUUUCCCCAUCACGAGCUUCUCGGAUCCAGGGUACUCGAGUCAAGCCCUCUGGAGCCUGCGUGGCGGAAUGUGGUUCACAUCCACAAUUCCACCUGGUUAGGGCAUCAUAAGCUGUUCCGGGAUACAGUAUAUCCUUGCGCUGCAUAUGUGGCGAUGGUCGGGGAAGCCAUUCGACAGCAUUGCCACUGUGAGGGGUAUGAAAUUCGAAACAUGAUCCUCAAGAAGCCACUUUUCCUUCAGGAAACAAGCGGCACCGAGAUUCUCACGUCUCUUAAGCCCGAACGAUUGAGCGAUAUUGCUGACUCCGAGUGGUUUGAGUUUACAAUUCUUGCUUUAGACGGCACGGAGUGGAGCAAGUACUGCCAUGGUCAAAUACGGGCGAUAGCCCCAACAGCGCUACCAAAAGUGAGCAGACAACCCCGGUGGACGCGGGGAAUAGAGCCGGCGGAUUGGUAUCAAUUCCUGGCUCGUCUGGGGCUCAAUUAUGGAACGAGCUUCCAGCGGAUGAAGAACAUAACGGUCGACCCUGUAGAGCAUCUGGCGAAUGCAACUGUGCUCGAGAGCAGCAGUGACUAUGAAGACGAUUACCUGGUACAUCCAACGGUAAUUGAUCACUGCCUUCAACUAUUGUCAAUCGCUGUGGUCAAUGGGGUUCAAAGACAUGCCACCUCGUUGGCCAUUCCGGCCUUCAUCGACCGAAUUAGCGUCGCGCGGACUGAAGGAGAUAUGUGGAUUCAAACUGACACAUGCAACAUCUUAUCAUCAACCAGCAUGUCCGGAAAUGUCAGUAUGCUUAGCAAAGCGGGACCGGCAGUGGUAAUCACCGGGGCGACUUGUAUUUCUCUCGCCAAUGAUGAGCCAGAUAAUGAGAGCCCAAUCCCUCUCAUUUCUCAGGUGGAAUGGGCGCCAUGUCUUGACCUCAUCUCGCCGGCAGAAUGGCUGCCUUCCAAGACCGAGGAAAGGGGUUUGUCGCUGAUGGCAGAACUCACAUGUUUCUACAUUUUAGAAACCACAUCCCAAAUUGCAGGCUUGGUACCCGCGACCACACAUCUGGCAAAGUACCAGUCAUGGCUGAUGAGAAUGCACGAUCAGCUCGUUAAUCAAACCACCCAAAGGUUUCUUCAGAUUCGCUGGCAAGACAUGACCAGUGAGGAGAGACAUGGUCAAGUCGCCAAGAUUCGGGAGCAACUCGCGCUGCUAGGACGAGGGGUUGACAGACUAGGAGAAGUCUUGAGACAGGUGUCUGAGAAUGCAGGACGAAUUAUACAGGGCCACGUUGCUCCACUGGAAGUCUUGUCCAUGGAUAUCUUGCGAGAUGUGUAUGACUUCAAUAGCUCGCUCUCGGACUGGAAGCCAUUCAUGUCGCUGGUCGGCCACUGGAACCCUCGGGUCAGGGUUCUCGAGAUUGGCGCUGGCACAGGGGCUACCUGCGAACAUGUGAUGAGUUCGCUGCAAUCAAAAGGCGGGGAGAGAGCCUGGGCCAGUUACACCUUCACUGACAUAUCACCGGCCUUCUUUUCAGCUGCAGCAGAAAGGUUCAGCGAGCACGAGAACAUCGUGUUCCAAACACUCGAUAUCACCCAGGACCCUCUCCAGCAGGGAUUUAUCUCGGCUUCAUACGACCUGGUCAUCAUUUCUAAUGUCAUUCAUGCCACGCCUUCGCUCCGCGGUGCAUUGAGAAAUGUCUAUAAGCUCAUGGCUCCCGGAGGAUUCCUUGUACUACAAGAGCUCUGUCCCGGUGACGACGGAAGGCGCCAGACUCCGUACGUCAAGCCGGAGCGAUGGCACACCGAACUUCUGGAAGCGGGGUUCACUGGAGCAAUGUGCGUGACGCUAGACCACAAGCCUCCAUAUCAGCAAAGUGCCAACAUUAUCUCCCGUCGACCCGCCGAGUAUGUGCCGGCACAAAAGGUCACACUCCUCUCAGUCAGCGCCGAAAGCACUAUUCCAUGGGAGGAAAAGCUGGAGGAAUCACUUUUGGAACAGGGUUACCACGUAGAUUGGGCCACACUGCAGUCACUACCCGCCAAUACAGACUGCCUCAUCUCUCUCCUCGAUCUGCAUGCACCUAUGAUGCAUGACAUGAACGAGACGCAGUUCAAGGAGCUGAAGGAUUUAUUCUCAAUGAGUUCGAAGGUACCACUGAUUCAUUUAACGCGCAGUGUGCAAACCACCUGUCAGGACCCUAGGUUGGGUCUGGUCCUCGGAUUUUCUCGAACUUUGCGAAGGGAGAUAGUUGGAAAGAUCGUCACAGUUGAGCUUGAUGCAUUGAAUGAAGGAACGUGUAAAGCGACCGUGGACAUAUAUCAUCGAACACGACUGAGAGUCCCGAAGGAGGCGCUGAUAGACGACGAAUAUGUGGUUCAGGAUGGCCAGGUCUUUACUAGCCGAGUUCACUGGCACACGCUCAGAGGUCAAUUGGAAGAAGAGCCUAAGUUGGAGGCAGGACGCUGCUUGUCUAUUAAGCGGUAUGGGCUUGUUGAUAGCCUAAAUUGGGAAGCUAUACCGUACCUCAAGCCGCUGCUCGAGCCCACAGAGAUUGAGAUAGAUGUCCAUUACGUUGGCCUGAACUUUCGGGAUCUCAUGGUUGCUCUGGGUGUUAUGGGUGAAGCAAAUGAGCUUGGAAUUGAAGCAAGUGCUACGGUGCGUAGGGUCGGUGACAAGGUCACGCGGUUCGAAGCUGGGGAUCGAGUGGUGGUCUGUGGUAAGGGUCUUUUUCGAACACGGGCGCACUUUCAGGAGCACGAAUGUACCAAGAUUCCUCCAGGGCUAUCUUUAGAGGACGCGGCGACGGUCUCAGCGGUAUACGCGACAGCUUUCUACGCCUUGAUAACCGUUGGUCAAAUACAGCCAGGCCAGACUGUUCUCAUUCAUUGUGCCACGGGGGGUGUGGGCUUGGCCGCCAUUCACAUAUGUCAGGAAAUCGGCGCAACCAUCUAUGCCACUGCGGGGUUGCCGGGAAAACGUGAGUAUCUGCAUACCGAAUACGGUAUCCCCACAGAGAACAUUUUCACCUCUCGAGACGGUUCCUUUCGUCAAGGUGUCAUGAGCAGAACAGCUGGAGCAGGGGUAGAUUUGGUUCUAAACUCACUGGCUGGAAGCCUUCUUCAUGCAUCGUGGCAGUGUGUUGCCAAGUUUGGAAAAAUGGUCGAACUAGGGAAGCGAGACUUUCUUGCGCGCGGAAGCUUGAGCAUGGAUCUUUUCAACGGCAAUAGGUCCUUUUUUGGGGUCGACAUGUUGAGCAUCAUGGCAGAACAGCCUAGGGUGUCACGGCGAUUGAUGGAGCAAUUCGUCGAGUGGUACAAGGGCAAUAAAGUACGACCGAUCCGACCGACUCGACUGUUUGCAGCCAGCGAAGUAGCUGAGGCUUUCAAGUAUAUGCAAAGUGGAAAGCACAUGGGUAAAAUCGUGAUCAGAAUGCCAACAGUGGGAGACGGAUUGUCUACGAGUCCAGCCAAAAUUCCCCUGACUCUAUCAGAAAACAAGUCGUACUUGCUGGCUGGUGGACUGGGUGGCCUUGGGCGCGCCGUGGCGAAUUGGCUCGUCGAGAAUGGAGCCCGACACCUGAUCUUUCUCUCGCGGUCAGCUGGUCUGCGGGCGGAUCAUGAGCAUUUCGCUCGUGAACUAGAGCGACAGGGCUGUAUGGUCGAGAUGGUUUCCGGAGACGUAGCGCGGCUACAGGAUGUCAAGGUAGCUCUUUCCAAGGCCGCCGGGCGGGCAAUUGGAGGAGUUAUCCAACUGUCCAUGGUGCUUCAGGAUGUUAGCUUGGCUAAGAUGACGCAUAGUCAGUGGCUGCAAUCCAUUAGACCGAAGGUCGAUGGCACCUACAAUCUUCAUUGGGCAUUAGAGGCGCACGAAUCAAACCUCGACUUUUUCGUCUUAUUCAGCUCUCUUGCCGGCGUGGUUGGCACAGUAGGGCAAUCAAACUAUGCAGCGGCUAACGCCUUCUUGGAUGCCUUCGUACUUUAUCGUCGCCAGCUAGGCCGCGUCGCGUCGGUGCUAGAUUUGGGUCUCGUGGAGGACAUCGGAUGCAUGCAUCAGGACCACCAAGCCACGUUGAACCGUGCGCGGUCGACAGCAGCGCGUCUCAUCCGUGAGGAAGAUGUUGUGAACGCACUCCAUGUAGCCAUUCUGUCCGGCAGAUCGCCAUCAGAUCCCGCAAAGAUGGUCUCAAGUGUGAUGAUGGUCGGGGCGAGUGCCGUGAAGCCCCUCUCGGCGCCAGGCGUGACACCCUUGUGGGGCCCGGAUAUCAGGUUUUCCACCUAUGAGAAUCUGCAGGGGCAAGUGGAACGAGAUCUUGAAACAGACAAGAUGGACCUGAAGGGGUUUUUGUCCGAGAUUCAGAGUAACCCAGAUCUGCUAGAUGAUCCUGCCACGGAAUUGCGCAUUAUGUCCGAGCUGUGCACUUUGAUCAACGCUCAUAUGUCUCGCGAUGGAAGAGAGAGCGAAGAUAUGGCGACUAUCCCGAUUGAUUCGUUAAUGUCGAUCGAAAUUCGAAAUUGGUUUCGCAGGCAACUCGGGAUGGAGAUCAGUCUAACUGAGAUCUCGAAAGCGGGCACCGUUGGUGGGCUCAGUCGCGUGUGUGUGGCUACACUCAAAGAGAGGUAUACUGCGCUGAGUAAAGGCACAGAGACUGUCGGGGAAGAAAGCAAGUAGCAGAAAGCAAGUAGCACAAGAUGGAUUGUGAAAAAACUGAGAGCAUGGAUUGUUGUUGUCUUUGAGCAGUGGGU